CUAAUUCCCCCUCUUGUACCGGAAUGUCAAUCAAAUGAAAACAAAAAAAGCGGCGUGAGAAAACUGAAAAGAACGGGCAUCCAGUGCACAUUUGCAACUUAAUUUCGAUGCAUUGAGCGGCGACGGCGCACCGAAAACAGGAGGCGCAGGAUUACGGAAUCGGAAGCCAUGGAAACGGCCAGAAUGGAGACGGCGAUGGAGACACACUUUAUGGCCAAAAUGGGGAAGUGGAUGACCCCUGAGGAGGAGGCGCGGCAGAAGUUCAUCAUGAGGGAGCGAGACCGCGAACGGAAACGGAUCAAGCGCAUGAAUCCCGAGUACAGGCAGAUGGAACGCGAGAGGGAUCGGUUCCGCAAGCUGACGCCCAGGCCCAGUCUGAUGACCCCCGAGGAGGAGGCCCGCCACAAGUUCAUCAUGCGGGAGCGGGAUCGCGAGAGGAAGCGGAUCAAGCGCCUCAAUCCCGAGUACCGGCGAAUGGAACGCGAGCGCGAUCGAUUCCGCAAGAAGGCACGACGUGCUAACUUGACCCCCGAUGAGGAGAUGCGACUGAAAAUGAUCCAAAGGGAGCGGGAUCGGGAGAGAAAACGAAUCAAGCGAAUGAAUCCGGAGUACAGGAGGCUGGAACAGGAACGUGACAGGGAUAGGAAGAAGGCUCGUAGAGCCAACGAGGCCUUCAGGCAGCUGGAAAAGCUAAGGGAUAAGAUCCGAAAGGAUCGAAAGAAGGGCUUGCUUGUCACGGAUCCAACACAGCUGCCGCCGGAAUUCGCAGCCAUGAUACCGCCAGUGCCUGUGGUCAAGCCCGAAGUGGGUGUGUCGCCAGUCCCGCCCCCAGGCCAGCAGCAACCCACGCCCCAGCUGCAGCAACCGCAGCAGCAGCAGCCACAGUUGCAGCAACAUCAGCAGGUGCCACCACAGCAACAACAGCAGCAUCAGCAACCUCCGCCCACGCAUCUGCAGGAGCAGCAGCUGAGUCACCAGCUCGCGCAUCAGCGGAACCGAAUGAUGUCUAGCCAACUCACCCAACUGGCCACGCCCCCCGCCCAUGCCUCGCACCUGCAGCAGCUGAAUAAGCUGCAGCAACUGUACCCGCCACGCAGCUUUGGCCAUCCCGCCCUACCUAUCGCUGGAGUGACGCUGAUGCCGCAGCUCUGUCAUCCUAUCCUGCAUCAGAACCUCAGUGCUACUCUGUAUGCAGGUCCACCGAAUGGGAUCAAGCAGGAGUAUGGACAGGAUAUCUCCGCCUCGGCGAUGGCUGCCGCUCAGGCGGCGGCAUUGGCCUCGCUUAGGAAUCCCCAACAGCAGCAGCAGCAGGAUGAUUCGGAAAUGGUCAUUAGUCUCGAACCCGAGAUAGUUCUCCAGACAGGUCCCGAUGCAAAUCCCGCCCAGCCACCUCCGCAGCAGCAGCAUCUGUUCAGCGCCCAUCAGCACCAGCAGCAGCAACAGCAGCAGCAGCAACAUCAUCUGCAGCAGCAACAACACUGCAACAUGUUCCAGCAUAUGGCCCCCCAGGCGCACAUGCAACACAUGCGCUCACUGCCGCCUCCGCCGCCGCCCCCCUCGCUGACCUUGCCGCCCCCGCCACCUUCCACACACCAGCAACAACAGCAACCUGCGCCGCCACAGCAACUGCAACAUGCUCCGCAGUGAGAGAUUCUCACGUGUAGUUCUAAGCUCAACCCUCUAGCCAGCUAAACGCAUCCGAAAGUUUGAGGGCACACACACCUGGAGUUGUGAUCAAUUUAGCUACGUGAUUUACGAUUCCAUUUAUCUAAAUGUAUUACGCUGCCAUAAUUGCUCGAGUGCAAAAUGGUAUGUGUAAUUACAAAUCUAACAAGAAUUCUUGCUAAGAACAGUAUGGAAGUUUGUUUUAAUUAAUACUUCCAAAGUGAAACUUGUUAUGUUAUUCUUUAGUUUAGAAAGUGAAAUAUUUCUCUCAAAGAAAUCAGUUUUGUCACAAGGACACAGCAAAUCUACAUUUAAAUGUAUCAUACAACUGGAUGAAAGUCCUUUUUUAAGGUGAUAGAAAUAUUCGCUCUAUAAUUUUUCCGAAUUAUAUGGCAAGAACAAAUGCCAUUUUGAAACAUAACCACAUUCUUGAUGAAAGUCAUCAUAAAGAAUUUAUUUCAUAAACUUUGGAUUGAAAACACAUUGUGAUAAAGUGCACCUUGAGCUUUAGUGCAGGUAGAAAAACUUCAAAUUUUCUUGUAAUUCCUUAUUCAUUUUCAGUUGGUGGAUCAUUGGUAAAUCCCGUACCUUCUUUUAACCCAAUUGUAUUCCUAGUAUGUCACAACUCCAAAGGAUGUGUGCCACAGUCUCAUACGCACACACUCGCACUGAAACACACCCAUGUUUAUUUUAAUGUAUGUUAAGUAGACGCCAUUUGAAAAAUGCCGAUACGUAUUAAGUUGCGUUACGCAAUGCGCAUUACGUUUCUUAAGUGCUUAGGGCUUCCCCGUCAUAAGAUUUUAUGUCGUCAUCGUUUCAAGCAUUUCUCUGUUUUAUAGAUCUGUACGUAUAUUGUUUAGCUAAGUGAUAGGAGCCACAAUAUUUGCGAGUUUAGGAUGAUACGAUCUACAAUACGAUAUAACGAUAACUGUAUACCUAUAUGAUAUGAUAUAUGAUAUAGUAUGGCCAGCCGCAAAAUAAUUAUUACGAAUUUAUGCGCAGAAAAGAGCGAAAUAUAAGCAGCAAACGAUUGCUGAAAAUGAA